AUGGAGACUCAACGAAAACCCAACACCGCUCUCUUUGACGUCUUCCUGCGCCUCCGACCCAACCCGGCAACGGAUCGCGAACGCUUCCUCGACGUCGAACAUCUGGACGAACAACAUGAAGCACCUACGCGCAUUACGAUCAAACCGCCUGCCAAUGACUAUCGGAAACGCUCUGUGGAGAAGUUCGCCUUCACGCGAGUCUUUGAGGAGCAUGUCGGCCAGCGAGAGGUGUUCGAGCGUACGGGUGCGGUAGGGUUGAUUGAAGGCGUGCUCGGAGCUGAGGGUAGAGAAGGCCAAGACGGUCUACUUGCGACAUUGGGGGUGACGGGGAGCGGCAAGAGCCACACCAUUCUCGGAUCCCGAUCACAGCGGGGAAUCACCCAGCUCACCCUGGAUGCCCUGUUUCGCCACACCGCGCCAUGUCUGGUCGACGUCGACAGCAGUCUGACAGUCCUUCAAUCGCUCCGUGCAGCGGACGUUUCAGAAGCACAGCUAUUCUCCGCCGCUGCCUUCUUGGAUGCCAUCUACACCGACAACUACGGUAUUUCACGCGCAGCAACGCCGGCGCGAGGUGCUACACCUGCCAGGGGAGUCACGCCUAGUGUGGAGACAUCGCUAUACAAGGCGAUAGGCGGCUCCAGGCGUCAUGCUCCACGUCUCUCUACAUUACCAACUGACCCACCCAUUGACGACAUCGACAUCAAUGUGGAUAAGACCGCCGAAUAUGCAAUCGUCAUAUCCAUGUAUGAAGUGCACAACGAUCGCAUCUUCGACCUCUUAGGGCCCAGCUGCGCGGCAAAAGGACUGGGUCAGCAAAAGCGCCGCGCCCUCCUUUUCAAGCCCACCGAGCUCUCACCCGAUCGUAAGGUAGUCGCGGGCCUCAAGAAAGUCGUCUGUUCCGAUCUCGAAGAAGCGCAAUUAGUCUUGGACGUGGGCCUGCAAGAACGCCGGGUCGCAGGCACCGGAAGCAACGCCGCCAGCUCACGCUCGCACGGCUUCUUCUGCAUCGAGGUGAAGAAGAGGCUUCACAGCACCCGAAGUGGCCCUUGGACAAGCAGUGCAUUGACCAUCGUCGAUCUUGCCGGCUCCGAGCGUGCGCGGAUCGCGAAGACAGCAGGCGCCACGCUCGCCGAAGCGGGCAAGAUCAACGAGAGUCUGAUGUACCUAGGCCAAUGCAUGCAGAUGCAGCUAGACCACGCAGCGGCAAACCCAGGCUCAACACCGAACCUCGUUCCCUUCCGACAAUGCAAGCUGACCGAGCUGCUGUUCAGCAACAUCUUCACGACCCAGCAGCAACAGCAGCGCGGAGUCAGCAAACUCCCGCAAAAAGCCAUCAUGAUCGUCGCCGCCGAUCCGCUGGGAGACUUCAACUCCACCAGUCAGAUCCUCCGGUACUCCGCCUUAGCAAAGGAAGUCACCCAGCCUCGCAUCCCCAGCUUGACAUCUACCAUCCCCUUCAGCACGCUAGGAAGAUCUCACAGCCGGCCAGCAACGCCCUCCGCCCUCGCGGACGAACUCGACAACGCGCUCGCCGAGCUCGCGCGCGUGAAAGCCGAUCUCGAAAUCACGCAGAUGCACCUCGAGGAAGAGACGCUGCGGAGGCAGCAAGCGGAAUCCAGUUGGCAGGUAGCCGAGAGUCGGCUGGAGGAAGUUGAAGUCGAAAUUCGAGAGGAGAUGUGGAGCGAGAUGGAGGUGAAGCUGCAGCAGGAGCAGCGGAGGUUCCUCGCCGCGCGGGAUGCGGAUCUGGACGCGCAGGAUUCGCAUCUGGAUCGGAAGUUGGAGAUUAUGACGAGGGGCAUCAGUGUGUUUGAGGAUGACAAGGAGAAUGUCGAGGGUGGGGAGACGGGAGACGAGGCAGUCACCAGAAAGCAGAGAGGGAGUGUUGUGUUUGUGAGGAACGAGGAGGAGGAGAUGAGGCUGGCGGAUUUGGAGGCGGAGAAUGCGGCGCUGAGGGAGCGCGUGGCUAACCUUGAGCGGGAGAGGGAGGUGCAGCGGAGUCCGAGUAAGAAGAUGAGGGUGUUGAAGUCCAGAAAGUGGGAGGGCAGUGGGAUGGGGUUGGAUGAGGUUUGA